UCGCAAUGCGCUUCGCUUACACUUCGUGCACUCGGAACGAAAUAAUUUCCGAGGUUCAUGGAAGAGAGAAGAAGAAAAAAAAUCUUGUGAGAAAGUUCAGAAGAAAAUUUAAAGAGACGGAUGUCCGUUCUUGUCUUGGGAAAACGCGCUGGUCUGUCGCACGUUCGGCAGUACUGCACCCGGGUGCACUGGCGCUGCUGUUCACAUCCACACCACUGCGAGCGAGAGUGCGAGGACACGUGAUGGCACCGCUCAGACGCCGUGCAAGUCAGUGCAUCGCGUGUAAGUACCGUCCAGGAUUUCUGUGAUGUCCACCCCUCGGUACGCGAGGUCGACAUGAGCGGCGAGUCGGCGCUUCAUCGUAAGAUGUAUUACUUAGACGUUUCUCUAGAAAUUCCAUCCGAUCCCGAUCUCACAGUGUCUCCUGUGUAUCUCAAGAAGAACAUUUUGGAAGCCGUUCGAUCGCUGUUCGGAGAGGAAGGAGCCAAGAGUCCUGUAGACAUUCUAAAGCUCUCUCCUGAAAAGCGUAGAUUUGUCCUACGCUGUCCACAUAACAGUUACGUCCGACUACGAGCAAGCUUGACUUUGAGUACAAAAUACGAGGGGAAGACGUGCGUGUACACGGUUCACCGAGCAUCGCCGAAUUUAUUGUCGUUCACUGCCAACAGUAGGACGUUCCAGCACGGAGAAGUCCCUCUGGAUUCUUCGCCAUGCCACUGAUACGUAAAGAGGGCAAGG